AUGGCGCCCCAGAAAUCUGUGACAGAGGUGCCCCGUUCCCUUAUUCCCCGUCUGACUUGGAACGGCUCCUCUGCCCGUACUACUAUCACUUCUCCCCAGACUACUGCCCUACCAGCGAAGCGCCAACAAAAGCAACAUAUGGUACGGGGCUGGAUUUCUGUCGGACGACAACUGCAUACUUCGACUUCCCGGUCCGCUACUCGCUUAAUAGUCCCCGCAACAUCCCGAGAUCUAGGCACAUCAUCGAUCGCAAGACGGUUCCCUUCCACAACCAAGCCGACCAGUCAACCAGCCGCACCCCUCGGAAACCCCAUCCGGCAUAACGGUGUCUAUGUCGCCGUAUUCACUCCUGCUCGGAGAGCUUUCCAUGCUUCCGCUUCGCGCCAGCGCGACCAUCACUUUGAUACGUUGAAAUUCGUCCAGCGAUUGAAAGACGAGGGGUUUAGCGAAGAGCAGGCUGUUGCCAUGAUGCGGGUUCUGAACGACGUCAUUCAGGAAUCCAUCCAGAACUUGACCCGCACAAUGGUGCUUCGGGAAGACACGGAACGAUCAGCCUACACACAGAAAGUCGACUUUGCCAAACUCCGCUCCGAGCUCCUCAACGCAGAUUCUACCGAAGCGCAAUUGACUCGCUCGUCGCACGAAAAGAUCGCCGCUGAUCUCGCCAAACUCAACUCGCGUCUACGCGAUGAGAUCGGUCGCACGCAGGCAUCGGUGCGUCUUGAUCUGAAUCUGGAGAAAGGUCGUAUCCGGGAAGAAGCCAAUGGCCAAGAAAUGCGUAUAAAGGAGACCGAAACGAGAAUUGAGCAGGAAGUGGCUGGGCUGAGAGAGCGUGUAGAGGCUGUCAAGUUCUCCACGUUACAAUGGCUCAUGGGCGUAUGCACUGGUACCGCUGCUCUGAUUCUUGGUGCUUGGCGUCUUUUCAUGUGA